AGGAAGGCGUGUUGAAUCGAUCCUCUGGCGAGGAAGCGGGCACACCUCCGGCCUGUGCUCCUCCAGGAAAGAGCGAGAAUGCCGCUCCCCCUCCAGGCCCGGUGGCUUUCCCUGCGGGAAGGGAGGGGACAUUUUCCUGCACAAUCUGGAGGCGCUGCACCCGCCUCGCAAUCUCCAGAAAGUCAGUGUUGCAAACGCACUCGACGGCGUGAAGCCGCGGCCGCGCACUAUGCCGGGAUGGAGCCCGCGGCCACCGGGCGCGCCGAGAAGACGUUCAGCUACGUGGUCAGAGCCCCCGGCGGCGACGGGGUGGACGUGAUGAACGUGGACGUGAAGAUCGACACGACCUGGGUCUUCCAGGACGCGGAGGACAGCGGCGAGGAGCCGGGAUGGUGCCCGGAGGGAGCUGCCCUCGGGAGCCCCGACGUGGACACGGGCACGCUCCGGAGGCAGCUGGAGUCCUCCGAGCAGAAGCUGCUGGCAGCGGUGGACAAAUACGUGAGGUCGGAGUCUGGGCUCAGGAGCAGAAUCCAGGAGCUGGAGCUGUCGGAGAGGAAGCUCCUGCGGAAGGUGGACCAGCUGAGCGCCCGCGUGUGCCAGGAAAGGAGUGCCUCCCACCGGGCCCAGGAGCAGCUGGAGGCGCUGCAGGGGGAGCUCGCCUGCCAGGACGCCUGGGGCCGUGUCCAGGACGAGUGGCUGCUCCUGCCCGGGGAGGAGGCGCCGGAGGCCGGCGGACACCCAGGCUGGCAGACACCUCCCCACCCCAACGGGGCCCCGGGACCACACGCCUCCGCAGGCGGGCCCGCCGAGGGGCCCUGCGCCUGGGGCGGCGUCGAGGCUAGACAAGGCCCCUUGGAGCUGGUGCCCGGCCUGGAGACGCUCCUGGGAGAGCUGGUGGCUCCUGACCGUGGACGGCCUGCUCCGGCUGAGCCCACCCUGCACGGACAGACUCUCCUCCUGCUCUGUGGCUGCCCCUCGGGGCAGAGCGCCAACGCCUCCCUCCUCCCCGAGGAGCUGGCCUGGAUCUCCGCGCAGAGGCCAGCAGCCGCCCCGGCCCAGGAGUCCCUCCUCCUGGUGCAGACGUCUGUGCUCCCUCCCUGGGGGCCCGCCGGGGGCCCCGCUGCCCUGCUGCUCCAGGCAGUGUUUCCAGAAGAGCCCCAAAUCCAACAGGGGCUGGACACCAGGCCCCUGCCUGCUCCCCGAGCCAUGGACCACCCCCCGACAAGGAGCCACGGUGGCCCCCUCUGCUGGGAGGCCCCACAGAUUCCCCACCUCCGCUUUCCUGGGACAGGGCCCGACCAUCCGAGCGGCCCUUGGGAGGAGGGGGGAGGAGCCCCGGAGUGGAGAGCGGAGGCGUGGGGGGGCGCCGCCCAGGAGAACCGGGAGCUCAAGGCGCUGAUCUCGGAGCUCGGGCUGGGCUACAGAGAGCUGGUCAAGGACGUGGUGCUGGGAAUAGAGGACAUGAUCGGGGCCCUUCGCGGGGAGAACGCGCACCUUCUGCGCAGGAUCCGGGUCCUGGAGAGGGAGGUCGCCCUGGGGGUGAGCUCAGAUGCGGAGCGUCUGGGGGGAGCAGAGCAGCGCCCCCAGGGAGAAAGCCAGGAGGCAGUGGACAAGGUGGGGGCGGUGGACAAGGUGGGGACUGUAGAAAGGGCAGUGCAGGCAAGUCCGCCGUCAGAGCCGCUGACCGCGCGAGUCCAUGGGCCGCCCUUGGAGGAGGACCCGGGUCUGCCCGGAGAGAGGAUGGGCCCUUCCUCGGGCACAGAGAGUCCCAGGUGCGGAGCCAGGGCGGCCACUCCGUCGCCGGCCGGGAGAAGGGCUGAUGUGUCCGGUGCCCUGCGAGGAGACCUCCACGGGAUGGGAGCGAAAGAGGCACAGCUGGGGAGAGAGGAGGAAGGACCGCGGCGUUCUGCAGCCCCAGGGCCGGCGCUGAGGCCCCUGGGCAGCGGCCACCAGCCCCAGGACGCCGAGGCCGAAGCCGGGACCCCGGAGGAGGACCUCAGGCUGCGAGUCCGGCGGCUCCGCCACCAGGGCAUACCAGGAGGGGCUGUGGGACAACGGCUCAGCCUUGGCAACACGUGUCUUUUCCAGGUGGACGAACUUCAGAAAAAGCAACAUGAGGCAAUCUUGGCUGUGACCCCUUUGAAGGCCAAGCUGGCCUCCCUGGUCCAGAAGUGCCGGGACAGGAACCACCUGCUCACGCGCCUGCUGCAGGAGCUGUGCCGCCACGGGCCGGCCGAUCGCCUGCUCUGCCAGACGGUGCGCAGCAUGGUGGACGACGUGGCGCUGGCCGAGUACGCGGCCACCUUCCUGGCUGCCGGGGUCCCAGAGACCAGCCGCCACCCCGCCCUGGAGCCAGAGAAGCCGGGGGCUGUGACAGCUCAGAACUCCCUCCUGAACGCUGAAGUGGACAGCGCCCUCCCAAGACCGUGGCAUCCCGAGCCCUGGCCCGUGACUGAGGCGGAGUGGCCAGCACCGACAGCGCGACUGGAUGCUCUGGAGGAAACAGACCGCUACCCCAGCCCCAGCCAGAGGGGAGAGAAGGAGCCCUGGACAAGGAAGUCUGGGGCUGCUGCUUGCAAGCUGUGUGUCCCUAGACUGAAGCAUCACCCAAUGCAGCAGCCCCCAGAUGCCAGGAAAGGAGACAGCUCAGAGGCAAGCACAUCAAGCUGGGAGGUCCCGACACCCUCCUCACUGACCAGCGGAGCAUGGACAGCCCCGGGGCUUGCGAUCCCAUCCGUGGAGCUGAGCCACCAGCCGGACCACCAUCUUCCCAUUUCAAGUCAUUCCUGGGAGCGAGCAUCUCUGACACCAGCCGGGCGACCAGAGCUGUGGCUGUUGACUAUCGGGAGCCGCUGCACCCCGGGCAGGGGUCCCAUGAAAGCCGUGAGCACAGACAUCAGCGUGGAAAUCGUGCGAUGACGCGACACCUUGCAGUUGCGUAAGUCUAACAGGACUCCUACGUGACCUGGACACAAGGGUCAGGAUGUUCCAGUCCGAGUUCUGCCCCGUGGUCGGCAACCUGAGCGGACCCCUUCCCUUUGGAGGUUCAGCUGCCCGACCCCCCGCGGCCUGACAGGAAAUGAGGAACCAUCCGUCCUUGGAGAGGCUCAUCGGAUCCCUGACCAGCGCUCACUGCGCUUACACGCCUCCCGGGGUUUCAGGAUUCACAGUGACGGCCCAGCCUCGUGUAAAAGAGGCUGAAACUUGCUCUUGUUA